CUAGCAACCAGGUGGAGCGGAGGAGAGUCAGGAUCAGCAGCUUCAUCCUCAGAGGAGGCCGGCGCUCCAUCGUCAUCAUCAGCCGCUGCGCCGCCGCCGGCUGAGAUCUCUGCGCUCUCUGAGUUUUCCUCAGUUUGGGUGUUGUCGGGCCCCCGGUGGCCGCUGCAGCAGGACCAGAGGAGCUGUUGUGCAACGCCGCAGCGCCGCAGCGCCCUGCCCUGCUGCAGCUGCUGCUGCUGCGAUGCUCAGAUAAAAACCCCGAGGCCCACGGCUUCCUUUAGCGCCUCUGAUUCUGUAGAUCUUCAGCUGCAGCGUUCCAUGAGACCGUCUGCAUGAAAACGACCAAACGAUUCAGAACGACCGUCUGGAGGAAAAUAAAAACCUGACAGCAGCUUUCAGAAUAACCUGAACGCAUUCUGCUGCUGUGAGGUCAAAGGUCAAAGCGAUAACAGUGAUCUCUGCUGCGUUUGGGUUCGGUUGUCGGAAACAUCUCAUCUGGCCUCGCCGCAGCAGAACUGCAACCUAUUUUUAUUAAUUAGCAGCUCGACUCCUGGCCUGCAGCGCUGAUGGAAAUAUUUAUGUUGCGCAACCAGAGAUGAGUUGAUCUUUAGCGCCAAGCGGCUCUGCAGCAUCUGAUAGCAGGAGUUUCUUUAAAUAAAACGUUUUCAUCUGUGGCGAUAAAACUCUGAUAAGAUGCGAAGGGAUGACAUGAAGCGCUCUGCUCUCACACUGAUAACAAGGAUUCAACAGGAACAUCUGCUUGAUAACAAAUGGUAGCAAGAGAGAAAAAAUAAUCAGUCAACUGUGAAAACAUGAAAUGUUUUUACUGCGAAACCAAAGAAAAUUCAAAUUUCUGCUUUUAUCAAAUAGAAAUAAAGUAAUAUUUGGCAUUUUAAAGUGUAAUUAAGGUAAUUAGAAAUGAAUUAGAAGUGCAUGUUUCUACCUCAGGUUUAUUUACCAACUUAAACUGCAUUCUGAGUUUAAAAAUCCAGUUUAAGUUGGUGUCCAAAGUGUGGUCUAGGGGCCAUUUGUGGCCAUUGGAAUGACUCUUUUUGUCCGCUCACGACAAAUAAAAAACUGGGCCAGCAAAACAGAAAAGAACUGAACCAGAAACUUGUGGCAAUUAUCUGUUUUUUUUUUGUUUUUGAUGAAGCAAAAGCCUUUUUUAUGUUUUCAACGAUUUACAGAUUCAAUAAAAGUUUUGUUUAUUUUUGAGCAGGUCAAACUAAAUAACAGGGAGAAAAAAGUUACAAUAAAUGAAUUUUUGUAUUUUAUAUUCAAUGAGGGGUUUUUUUUGACACCGCUGAUCUAAAGCAUUCCCACAUCAUGAUUCUGCCACCACCAUGACAGACAGGUUCCUCUCUGCCUUGUUAUGGUUAACUGAAAAUUAAUCUCUUAUGAUUUUUUUUUCUCGUCACUCUUCAAUAAAAGCCAGAUUUGUGAACUGUACAGGUAAUAGUCGUGCAGACAGACUGUUCCACCUGAGCUGUGGAUCUGUGCAGCUCCUCCAGAGUUAGGACUCAUCUGUGAGUUCUGGUUCUGGAUGUUAUGUUUUCUGAUGGUCCUGAAGAUUCUUGCCUGGAUUAUGCUUCAAAAUCCUCUAAACACACCAUUUAUCCUUUGCUUAUCUCACAUUUUUUCCUUCCACUCAACUUUCAGAGACUGAAUGUUUUCAGUCUCUGUAAGCUGAAAUCACCAAAGUUACAAGAUAUAAAGCCUGGAAAUAUUUAAUUCUGUGUGAUGAUUAUGUAAUGACCUUUCCAUAAACUAAACAUGAUUCUCAAGGAACAGCCAUCAUUUUACCAGGUUUGGCCAUGGCCCCCUCCUGUCCACCCCUUGGUGCCGCCACUGGUUUCACACACAGUUCUGCUGAGGUGAAGCCAUUUUUUAGUGAUUUUUUAAAAUAUGUUUUUAUUGUUUACUUUAACAUUUUUCCUGACCCGGUCUGGCCACCCCUUUGAACAUUAUCUGGAGACGCCAAUAAAAAAUGUUUUUUUAUUUAUUCCUUUGGCUAACAGUUAUUAGCAUGGUGAUCUUUGUGAGGAAUUACGUCCUCAUCGUGUUUAUUCAUGAUUUACUUAAAUGAAACUAUGAUGUUAAUUUUUCUCAUGCUAAUAUUUUGGGGGAACAGUUUUUAGUUAGGCUAGACCGGAAACUGACAGCCCUGUUGCUAGGUUACCACGGACUCAAAUCGCUAGCAGCAGUGAGCACGGUGCUCUGUGUGGUUAUGUUGCGUCCUCGUCCUGUUUAUUCAUAAUUUCUUUGUGUGUCUACUUACAUAAAACCAUAGUGUUGUUUCUUUAUAUGCUAAUAUUUUGGGGGACGGUUUUAGUUACCGGAAACCGGAAAAUGAUUUAUCGCCGUUGCUAGGCUACCAAUAACUGUUGCGUGUUUGUCGCUUUGCGGUCUGUUUUCGAUCCUCUAAUCCAAAUAUUUAACAUUUAGCAAACCCUAUGUUUCUUUUUUGGCAUCUUAAACGGUUAUUUUAAGUUUAUGAGCAAAUAAGUAUUUAACAGCUUUUUGUUUUUAGUUCUGAAUUGCUGCAGUUUGUUAAUUAAAGAAAUAAAAUGGACACUAAUAUUAAGGUACCUCGGGACCUGAUAGCAAAGCUGUUGCUAUGGACAGACAUCAGCUUCCACGACAUGGAGGUCAUUGACCAAAUUCAGUCCGUUCCUGAUCUGGAAAGCGCCCUGUGCAGCGUGUUGGCUGUCGACCUCCCAGAGCCAAAGAAAGGAGUCCUGCUGGAGCUGUACGUCCAAACGGUGCUUUUCUGCAGGCAGCAGGGCUUCAGUAAGGAGCAGACGUCUGCACUGGUUUCCAUCAUCAAGUCCAUCCACGAGGCCAACAUUGAAACUCCUCUCAACAACUCUGAGCAUUGUUACAAAUACUGCAACGAUCUUCUGCUGUGUCACUCGGUCAGGAGACCUCCCUUCAGCGUCAAGCUGUUCAGCCUGGAGGAGGCCAACUGCGUUUUAAAUUACAUCCAGGACCAUUACCUGCGGCACGACAAACUCUACAAGUACAUAUUCACCCCGCAGGUAAAACUUGAUUUGUUUUUAACUUAUUCUGGGAAGGGAGGAGAAGGACUGGCUGAAGACGAAUCCGCUGCACAAGCAGACGAUUCUUCUGAGGCACAGAAAACCAUGGAGGAAGAAACUGCAGAAGCCUCCGUGGACCUGAAGGCCCUGGUGGAGCAGGAGGUCAAGGAGCAGAUGGAGCAGGUGUCCAAGCAACUGGACCAGCGCAUCAAAGAGACGGCGUCCGAGCAGAGCAGCAGAGCCCAGUCCGCCAAACCCGGCAAGAAAGGCAAAAAAUAACCAGAACAGCCCGCGCCAACGUUAAAUUAAACUACUUAAACAUC